ACGUGUUUCAAGCAAACACGACAAACAAAAAGAUAAGAACAUCUAGUAAAGUGAAUCGAGUUGAUCAUCAUGCAACUCAAAACCAUGACAUUUCAUUAUAUUCUCCUGCUGCUGUUCGCAUUGCCACUGAUCAAAACGACAUCAAUAUCUCCAGGAAAACAAGCAGAAUCACUCAUCAAAUGGAAAGACGACUUGUCUUCAUCAUCAUGGCCACCUUCGCUACUCAAUUCAUGGUCCCUCACCAACCUCAACAACCUCUGCAACUGGACUGCCAUUGUCUGCACCAAAACCAGAAGAGUCUCCAAAAUAAACCUCUCCGGUAUGAAAAUAUACGGAACACUGGCUCUUUUCGACUUUUCCCUAUUUCCAAAUCUCACCCACUUGAACCUGAGUGGCAACUAUUUCCGAGGGCCUAUACCAUCUGCCAUUGGAAAUCUCUCCAGGCUCACAACUUUGGACUUUGGCAACAACCAAUUCUCUGGCCCAAUUCCGGACAGUAUAGGUUUGAUUUCUGGUCUUCAAUAUAUUGACCUGAGUUCGAAUGUUCUGGAACGGAAAAUUCCACCCUCUACAGGCAAACUCAGGGAGCUCCAGUACCUUGAUCUUUCAGCCAACUCCUUAAACUCUUCUAUCCCUUAUGAGCUUGGUCUUUGUACAAACCUCACCCACUUGUCCCUGUCUUCCAAUAACCUCAACGGGGAACUGCCUCUGUCCUUGUCCAAUCUGAAAAGCCUCGUUCAAUUGGAUUUACAUAAUAAUCGAUUUGUUGGUCAUAUCCUUCCUUCUCUGGUCUCCAACUGGACGGAAUUAGUCUCUUUGAACCUUCAACAAAAUAACUUUAGCGGAACCAUUUCAGCAGAAAUUGGGCUGUUGACACAAUUGCAGUAUCUAUGGCUUUAUUCCAACGAAUUCAGCGGAGAGAUUCCUCAGAGUCUAGGCAAUUUAUCUAAGCUUAAUGUACUCUAUUUGUUCGAUAACCACUUGACAGGAGAGAUUCCUCAUAGUCUAGGCAAAUUGACUCAGCUUCAGCUACUCGAUUUGUCUGGUAACCACUUGACAGGAGAGAUUCCUCAGAGUCUAGGCAAAUUGACUCGGCUUCUGGGACUCUAUUUGAAGCAUAACCACUUGACAGGAGCGAUUCCUCAGAGUCUAGGCAAUUUAUCUCAACUUAGGCGCCUCGAUUUGUCUGCUAACAACUUGACAGGAGUGAUCCUAUUGGUUUCAGGCUUAACAGGUUUGUUCGACUUGGAUCUCAGCAGCAAUUCACUAUCGGGUGCAAUACCAUCAGAAUUGCGCAUGCUCACAAGAUUACAGUAUUUCAACGCCUCACAUAAUAAUCUCUCAGGCGAAAUCCCAUCAGCAUUAGAUCACAUGUUUACUCUAAGUAGCUAUGACUUUUCUUAUAACAAAUUGACAGGGCCACUCCCAACUAGUGGCAUUUUCAAUAAUGCGCCAAAAAGUGCUUUUGUUGGUAACCUUGGCUUGCGGAGUCAUGAGGGACUAACUGAAAGUAAAUCCUCCAGUACAAAUUCCAAAAGUGCUAAAAAGAAUAUAGUAUCUGUUUUCCUUUUUUCCUUAUUGGGUUUCGCAACGGUUGCAAUUGCCAUUGCUUUCUUUCUUACGUUUCACAAGAGGUCCAAAAUCCGGCCUCAGGUAAUCAAAACUUCUCAAAACUUUGAGGAUUAUGAGUCAAUGAUAUUGCAAGAAGAAGUGAAAUUCACAUUUCGGGAAGUUGUCAAGGCCAUAGACGACUUUCAUGACAAACACUGCAUUGGGAGAGGCGGAUUUGGAAGAGUAUACAAGGCAGAGCUCGAAUCAGGUCAAGUUGUUGCAGUGAAGAGGCUUAACACGAAUGACUCUAAUGACAUUCCAGCAAUUAAUCUCCGAAGUUUUGAGAAUGAAAUCCGAACUUUGACAACUAUCCGACAUCGCAACAUCAUAAGGCUAUACGGCUUCUCUUCAAGGAGGGGUUGCAUAUUCUUGCUUUACGAAUACUUACAGAGAGGCAGCCUUGGAAAAGCAUUGUAUGGGGUGGAAGGGGUUACUGAACUUGGGUGGCCAACAAGGGUAAAAAUUAUGGAAGGACUUGCUCAUGCACUUUCUUACCUGCACCAUGACUCCUCACCACCAAUUGUUCAUCGUGAUGUAACUGUCAAUAAUGUAUUGCUUGAGCAGGAUUUCGAGCCUCGACUCUCAGAUUUUGGAACAGCAAGACUGUUGAGUAUUGAUUCAUCCAAUUGGACCAACAUUGUUGGUUCGCUAGGAUACAUGGCGCCAGAGCUUGCAUAUAUUAUGCAGGUGACGGAUAAGUGUGAUGUUUAUAGCUUCGGAGUGGUGGCACUAGAAGUCAUGAUGGGAAGGCACCCCAGGGAUAUGUUAGAGUCCCAACUAUCAGAAUCAUCAACGUCAAUGAAUGAAAAUGCAAAGUUGCUUUUGAAAGAUGUGUUAGAUCAAAGACUAGAGCCUCCAACCAAUGAAUUGGCAAAGGCAGUGGUGCUUGUAAUGAGUAUAGCAUUGGCUUGUAUACAGACGCGUCCUGGGUUGCGUCCGACAAUGCAUUUUGUGUCACAGAAACUAUCAGCGCAGAGUCUUCCUUGCCUUCCUGAGCCAUUUGGUAUGCUUACCAUCAAGAAGUUAUCGACCCUAUAAAACUAGGAGAAAUGGGUAGCUCCAACUUCAGAUUAGAAUUCUUGCUACGAGCAAUCUAUCAAAUAAGGAGAUGUUGGGGAAAUUUAUUUUAUUAUUUUUAUUUUUAAUGUUUACAACGAGCUUCAUAACAUGUAUUUGAUAUCUACACCGCCCUCAUUACUAGUGUGUUUCAAAUUGUGUGGCUGAAACAUAUAGCGUUCAGCUUUUUGAAA